AUGACCCCAUUGGCUGCUGGCUUUACAUCGGAGAAGCAGAGAUUCGCCGACAGCGAAGAGUUCAAGCGACUGCGACAGACCUUUGGCCCCGCCAGUCUGGCGCAAAGGGAAAGGGCCAAGCAGCUCCACACCGCCGCAGCCGCAGCCACCGGCACUUCGGAGGCUGACCUUAGGCCGUGGCCCCGUCGCCUGGGCCUGACUCGCCUGGAGUGCUUCCCCACUCAACCACGACUGGUGCUGCUGCCCGAGUGUACCGUGUUCUUCUCCACAACCGCACACACAAAGAAGACCUCCAGUAAAGCAUUCGGCAAAGCGAAGAAAACCGCAACUGCACCCAUUGUGAGGAUAUCCAUCAGAGACGAAAAGGGCGCCAUAGAGAUAGGGCGAGUGCCGGUGGAGGUGGGAGCGUUUAUGCACCCGUUGCUGCAGUCUGGACUGGUCCUGUUUGAGGGAGAGUUGGACAUAGGCACCCAGGCCCUCAAAUUAGGGCCCAUGGGGCGCAUCGCCGUCAAGGUCCGUGUGCGUGUGCGUAAGGAGCUGUUCACCACUGUGGCUGCCACGGGCAAGUCCGACUUCAGUGUGGGAGGUGCCAGUGAGAAGGAAGACUACGACGAACGCGUUAGGGCAGCACUGCUGCAGCUGCUAAUGUACAUGGGACUGUUGGCGCACCAGGGCGGCGAGUUUUCGGUCACUGAACAUGGACGUGCGUCUGUGGACAACGACGACGUUGACGGAGAAGGCGAUGUAGACGAACAACUGCGAGACACACUCAUUGCCACCAGCGCAAGCCUCACAGGGCACUACAACCACAUGACCAUGCCACACCAACUGACAGCCAGUCUACGAGAGUACCAGAAGGAAGAUGUUACUGACUUCAUGUUAUUCAACGCAUACGACUUAGGAUGCCACAUCCGUGCGGCCGUCCCAGGCGUCUGUACUUGA